CCAAAAACCGUCGGAUCGACCAUCACCAAAAUUCCAUCCUCAACUAGAUGAGAUCACUUGACCAAGACAAGAACCAAGUACCACCAGAUCUACACCCCAUCCUGGCGUCACCGUCUCCAUCUCAGACGAACAUCAUUACCAUUGGUAUACCAAUUACCCCGUACCUGGAUCCAGGAACCUAACUCGGAACCACACCCAAGUGGCUGGUCUAAGAGAUAGGGUCUUUUUCCGCGCAUCGAGCUUUCGUACGAUGGAUCGGUAGCCUAUCACCUUCUUUUGCUGCUUAUUACCUCAUCCUCUUGAGUGUACAACAUAUGUACCGAGGGUACUUAGGUGUACCUCCAUACAUCUACAUCUAAACAGGGGCAGAACUAAGACCUGUUCAACGAGGGGCUAGUCAGGCAGCUCAUGAUGCAGCCGAUGUGCGCGCACGCCGUCGCGACGAGGGCCGCAAUACGUAGGUGUAGGAGGGGUGGGAAUGGCCUCAGAUGGGUCGCACAAGAUUGCAGACGAUAUGCCACCAAGCAAUCACAACCACCAAAACCAAGUCGGGCAGUCCCAAAGCCACUCCCCUUCCAGCCUACCAAACCUACCACGCCUAAGCCCAAGGCAACUCCUUCAUCAUCCUCAUCAUCCUCAAAAGGCCAUGAAGACAAAGCACAGCCUCUCUCCGAACUCCUACCACACCGAUGGUUCCCCCUCCUCGGCAUCGGCCUGGCCGCCGGAUGCGUAGGAUACUUCAUGAUUUCCGCAAUACACUACUGGCGAACACAGCCACCGGAGAAUUGGACACCAGGUGAGGAGCCCGAAACUCCCACAGGCCGCUCGUCAAUCCAAUCACCCCGUGAGUUCGACCAGCAUCUGGAUAAAUCAGAGUGGCGGUUCGGCGUCACCAAAGUCCGGCGACGGAUCGCGUCUGAGAUGGCACGGGGACAUGUGCUUGAGGUUGCUGUGGGGACUGGUCGCAAUUUUGAUUAUUAUAAUUGGGAUAUUUUGACGGCGGGGCUGGAGCCUGCGAAGGAGGAGAAGAAGAGUUGGUUUAGUUGGUCGAGUAAGGACGCCGAGAAGGAAAAGGGAGAUGAGAAGAAAACUGUCGAAAAAGAGAAGGGUGAAGCAAAAGUAAAUACGAAGGAAGAAAAGGGGCCAGCGACAACACCAAGACAACUAUCACCCCAACUAGAAGCCGCUGCAAGAGCCAAAUACCAAAACGCCGUACUCAGCUUCACCGGCAUCGACGUCUCCCCCUCCGUGCUAGACCUAGCACUGACACGGAUCCGACAAGUAGUCCCACACAUGACCGAUCAAAUCCCCAAGAAACCCACCUUCACGCAACUCGCAGACAGCGAAGACAGCGUCUCCCUAGCCAACAACAGAAUCCGCAUCAUCAAAGCAGACGCACAAUCUCCCAUCCCCCCACCCCCACCCUUCGCACCCCAAAAAUACGACACGAUCCUACAAACCUUCGGUCUCUGCAGUGUGCGCGAUCCUGUCCUCCUCUUAUCCAAUUUAGCCGCGUCCGUGAAGCCGGAUACGGGACGCAUUAUUCUCUUUGAGCACGGCCGUACUAGUUGGUGGGAGUUUAUCAACGGUAUGCUAGACCGCAGUGCCAGAAAACAUUUUGAACGCUUCGGGUGCUGGUGGAACCGUGAUAUGGAGCUCAUUGUGCGCGCUGCUGAGCGCGCUGUUCCUGGGCUCGAGGUAGUAAGCUUCGAGAGGCCCGGGUUUCAGACCUUCGGUACGCAUGUCCUGGUUGAGAUGCGGGUUAGAGGGGAUGUGGCUGCUAAGGACAACAGUAAGGCUAGGGAGGACAGUGAGGAGGGGCAGAAUUCGGCAAGUUGGUGGUCAUCUUGGUUGUCUGUUAGCAAGAAGAAUGACGAGCCAAAAAAUGAUGAAAAAUGAAUGGACGUAUCUGUUUGGAGUUGCCAGCCAUAUGUUGCAUUUACAAUGGCGAGAUUCAAUCCUAGAAGAUUUGUAGUAAGAGGGUACAUAUUCAUUGUAUAUAAUCCAAUAAUUGCAACACCACUCUGUAAUUUACACGAUAUCUAUCCGCCUCGGAUUUCGCAAUCAAUCUCAAUUAGAGACAAACAAUUCAAUACUACGAAUCACUCAUGCAAAACUCAUAAAAUUUGAUCGGGGAUUUCUUUCGUAUUUUGGGCGCCGUUCCUAUCCUUUUUAA